AUGUCAUUAUAAGAAAAUUGUAGCAUUUGCUUUGAGGAUUACGUAGAUCCUAUUAAAUUGCCUUGUAAUCAUAUUUUUUGUCGAGACUGCAUAGUAGUUGCUCUAGAACAAAGGCAGAGUUGCCCGAUUUGCAGACGAUUAUGUUGUAACUACAUAAACUCGCCAUUUCUUUCCAUUACUGAACCUGAGGAAAGAAUGCAUGAACACUAAGGAGAGCCUUGCUUUGUUUAUAGAAUUACUCUACAUCACAAUGCCUUAACUCAAUUUAAUUUCUUUGAAAAGAGGUAUGAAACAUUAGAAAUUAGUAGAUAUGUGGAAAUGAUUACAGAAGUAUUGAAAAAAAAUUUGACUUUUAUAAUUGAUCCUCAAUAUAAUGACUGCUGCAUGAGAGUAAAGCUAGUUGAAUGUGUGCCAGUUCAUGAACAUUCAAUAUACGUCUGUACAGUUUAGAAUAUCCAACGUCUAAAAAUAAUUGGAUUUUCUGAAAGAAAAAUAUAGGAUUCUAAUUCUAAACUAAAAUAUUCAACUACGCAAAUAAUUAUUGACAAUUUUGACGAAGAAACUUUAUAGCUCUACUAGAAAUUACAUGGUUGUAUAGAUAAGAUAAUAGAAAUAUUGUCUCUGAAUGAAAAUGCUAAAAACUAGCUCUUGGCUAUGGCUGGCAAAAAGGAUGAAACUUCGCCAGAGAAAAUAUCAAAGCAUUCAUUGGAAUUGUUACAAACCAUAUAGAUGUGUGAAAAUGGACUUUUAAAGUGGUAUUAUAGUACCGACAUUAAUGGAAGAUUAGGAGUGAUUCUUAAACAUUACGAAUCCUAUCUGAAUUAUUGCUAGAACUAAUGAUUACCAUAUUUUAUAUAUUUUUUAUUUUCAAACGUUCAUUUU